AUGCCCACAGAACAUCUUCCAAGACCUGCCCACAGAACACCCACCCACGCCCACAGAACAACUCCCAAGACCUACCACGCCCACAGAACAACACCGGGACCCACCCACACCCACAGAACACCCAACCACGCCCACAGAACAACACCCAGGACCCACCCACGCCCACAGAACAACACCCAGGACCCACCCACGCCCGCAGAACACCCAACCACGCCCACAGAACACCCACCCACCCCCACAGAACACCCAUCUAAGCCCACAGAACAACACCCAGGACCCACCCACGCCCACAGAACACCUCCCAAGACCCAUCCACGCCCACCGGAACAACACCCAGGACCCACCACGCCCACAGAACACCUUACAAGACCCACCCACGCCCACAAAACACCUCCCAAGACCCAUCCACGCCCACAGAACACCCAAGACCACCCACGCCCAGAACACUCCCAAAACCCACCCACGCCCACAAAACACCUCCCAAGACCCACCCACGCCAACAGAACACCUCAAAGACCCAGCCAUACCCACAGAACACCUCUCAAGACCUACCCACGCUCACAGAACACCUCCCAAGACCUAAGCCCACACAGAACACCUCCCAAGACCUACCCACGCCCACAGAACACCUCCCAAGACCUACCCACAGAACACCUAACAAGACCCACCCACGCCCACAGAACACCUCUCAAGACCUACCCAAGCUCACAGAACACCUCCCAAGACCCACCCACGCCCACAGAACACCUCAAGACCUACCCACGCUGCACAGAACACUCUAAGACCCACCCACGCCCACAAAACACCCUCUCAAGUCCCACUACGCCCACAGAACACCUUCCACGCCCACAGAACACAUCUCACGCUCACACGAUGUAA